AUGUCUGUAUUUGGAGACCUUGUGGUGGGUGGGGAAAAAAAAAAGAAGGAUUACACCAUGGCUACAAGUAGGCAGCAUGAUCAUUGUAUGAAACUACUUUCCUCUCAUAAUUUGAGAGAUCGUUAUCUUUAUACCGAAAUACUACUGGAACAGAGCCGCUUUUCACGAACACCACCUCCUGUGAAGUGUUCAACAACAACAACAACAUAUACGCCAGCAUACAAGUCCUUGAGAACAUCACGGUUGAGUUUUCAUCAAAUAUCCUCCCCCUCAAGUGAAGGUUUUACACAUACAUGGCACUCUGCUGGUAAAGCUGGUAGAAGUAAUUACUUUUCUGUUCCAACCUCAAAUCUUUCACGUAGUUCAUUAAUGGAAUUGGAAGCUCGACGAGAAGAAAGACGGAGGAUUGAAUCUUUACGGCGUAAAAUAGAUAAUGAAUAA